GAGAUCACGGCGGUGCCGAAAUACGGACUCAAAUUAAAAUUCGACCAUGUUUGGCCGGAGCGGAGGAUCCAAAAUGUCCGGGCUUCCAUACGGCAAACGCUGCCGAUGGUUCCCCUCGUUUGCAGAUAUGCGGCCUACUAUUGGAAAGUGUCGCGUGAAGGUCGUCGGGUUUACAUGGACUACUACUAUAUGGAGAAUGGGAAGCAGAUCUAUGGAGUGCCCAUCGGAGGAAUCGGAGGUGGAACCAUUGGCAGGGGCUAUGCUGGAGAAUUCUGCCGAUUCCAAAUGCGUCCUGGUAUCUACGAAUACAAUGUGGUUCAGGCUAAUCAGUUCAUUGUGACCAUCAAGGAUCCCAAGGGAUGCACCAUCUUUCAGAGUCUAUUAUCCAAGUGCAGCACCAGGGAGAAGUUCAGCGAUCCGGAUGGCGAUCUGGAUGGGGAAAGAACUAAAUGUCAACUGCCCAAUUGCAGCAGUCGCGCCAAGCAGCCUCUGAGUUCCUGGCACUCCAACAUCGAUGACUCACGCUGCAGUUACACGGGUCUCUAUCCUCGAUCCUGGACAGAAUACGACCUGUCGCCCUAUGGCGUUCGCUUGAUCUGUCGCCAGGUUUCGCCGGUGAUCCCCCAUGAGUACCGGGAAUCCAGUCUGCCCUGCGCCGUCUUCGUUUGGAGUGUGGAGAACGUUUGCGACCAGGAGCGCAAGGUGUCCAUCACGUUCAGUUUCAAAAACGGCACUGGCAACAAGAAACAGGACGCCGAAGGCGGUGCCGAAUCGCAGCUAAUCAGCGAGGGCAACGUAAAAGGAGUUUCCAUCCGGCAGAAGAUCGCCGACAUGCCGUGCAGCUAUAACCUGGCCUGUCGGGUUCGUCCCGAGAUCAGCAUCACGCGGUGUCCCCAGUUCGAUCCCGCCGGCAACGGGGAGCAGCUGUGGGGCCAACUGAAGGAGCAUGGUCAGCUCAGCGAGCAACCUACAGCGGAAACCCUGAAAACCAAAGAUAUUGGCGUGGCUGUCUGCGCCCAGGUGGCCCUAAAGCCAAUGGCCUCGCAUGAGCUGGAAUUCGUGCUGGCUUGGGACAUGCCGAAGAUUCAGUUCCCCAGGAAGAUGCAGACCCACACGCGCUACUACACCAAGUACUUUGAUGACAGCGGGGACUCGGGUCCCAAGAUCUGCGACUACGCACUGAGGCAGUACUCCACUUGGGAGCGAUUGAUUGAUGCCUGGCAGAGGCCCAUACUCAAUGAUGAAACCCUACCCGACUGGUACAAGUGCGCCAUCUUCAAUCAACUCUACUUCAUUUCCGAUGGUGGAACUAUUUGGUUGAAGUGCGAUUCCUGGCUGGGCAAGGAGCUAUCCUACGAUGAUCCCCGACUUGCCUAUGGUCGCUUUGGUUACCUAGAGGGACACGAAUACCGCAUGUACAACACCUACGAUGUCCACUUUUAUGCCUCGCCAGCAUUGGCCCAUCUUUGGCCCAAUCUGCAGGUCAGUUUGCAGUACGAUUUCAAGGAUGCCAUCGCCGCAGAACUCACAGAUACCCGUAAAAUGCUCUACGAUGGAAAGGUUAUGCCCCGCAAGGUUAAGAACUGUGUGCCCCACGAUCUCGGGGAUCCCGAUGAAGAACCCUUCACCCUGAUCAACUGUUACAACAUCCACGAUGUGAAUGAUUGGAAGGAUCUCAAUACAAAGUUUGUGCUGCAAGUCUAUCGGGACUAUUAUGUCCUUAACGAGCUGGCCCAAGCUCAAGCGGAUAAUGCCAGUAAAUUUAGCUCAAUUGAGUUUAUUGAUAAGGAGAGUUUAUAUGAGUUGUACAGUCAGGACAACAAACGUAAAAAUUCUGCUGAUGAAAAGCAACAGAACCGCAAAUCUGCAUCGAUGUACAUCAACGAAACCAACGGAAAGGUCUACCUAAUGGACGCCAUUGGCUACUUAAAGGCCAUGUACGGAGCCUGCAAGGCCAUCAUGGAGCGGACCAUUGAGUACGACAAGGACAACGACGGUCUGAUCGAGAACACGAAGAUGCCGGACCAGACCUACGACUCCUGGGUGAUGGAUGGGCCAAGUGCCUACUGCUCCGGCCUCUGGUUGGCUGCUCUGCAGUCCAUGUCGGCCAUGGCCACGAUUCUGGAUCAGCCGAACGAUUGCCUGCGCUACCAGGACAUUCUGGAGAAGGGCAAGCGAUCGCUGGAGGAGAAGCUCUGGAACGGCAGCUACUAUCGCUUUGAUCUCUCGCACAGCCAUCGGGAUACGAUUAUGGCCGACCAGCUGUGCGGUCAUUGGUAUCUGAAGUCCUGUGGCUUCGACUACGAAAUCUAUCCGAAAGAGAAUGUGCGAACUGCCUUGAAAAGAAUCUACGACAACAAUGUAAUGGGUUUUCAUGACGGAAAUAUCGGGGCAGCCAAUGGCUUUAUAGCCAACGCUGGGGAGCCCACAAAGCCGGGUCACGUGGACAACAGCCACAUUCAGGCGGAGGAGGUGUGGCCCGGGGUGGUUUAUGCUCUGGCAGCCACUAUGAUCCAGGAGGGAAUGUCGAGGAGGCCUUCCAAACAGCCGGCGGGAUGUACAAGACCCUUUCGGAGCGGAUCGGGAUGAACUUCGAAACCCCGGAGGCGUUGUACGGCGAGAAGCGCUAUCGGUCCAUUGGAUAUAUGCGACCCUUGAGCAUUUGGUCCAUGCAGGUGGCUUUGGAGCGACGGCGAGCACAAC